AUGGCGGCUGAGGGCCACAAUGUGGACGCGAACCUCCUCGAGCUCGGCCGCGACCACGGCCAUUAUUUCCAGAGGAAAACCUUCACGAAACCGACUUACUGUCACAACUGCUGCGAGAAGAUAUGGGGCAUGCUGACGCAGGGAUACGUUUGUGAAGUAUGCAACUUUGUGUGCCACGAGAAAUGCAUGAAGACGGUCGUUUCCUAUUGCAGCGGUGUGGCCCUGCAGCUUAUCAAGAAUCCGGUGGCCCAUACGUGGAGUGAGCCCGGGCACAUCAAGCGGCGAUUCUGUAAUGUUUGCCGAAAGAGGACCGAAGAUGCGAUGAGUGUCGAGUGCGAGGUGUGCGAGUACUAUGUGCACGUGGAUUGCCAAGAUUUGGCCGUGUCCGACUGCAAAGAAGCCGCGACGUUUGUGCCGAGUCUAGAGAAGCAAUCCCACUCACAGUACCAUCACAUGCGCGAGGGUAAUUUACCGCGGGACAGUAGAUGCGUCGUUUGUAAAAAGGUGUGCUACUCCAGCGAAUGUCUAGCCGGAAUGAGGUGCGAGUGGUGCGGGCAGACGGCUCACGCGCUGUGCUACCGACAAAUGGACGGGAACUGUCAGUUCGGUCUAUUGCAAAAGAUCAUGCUACCCCCGAACUGCUUGACAAUCCCGAGAACCGAACUGCCGAUGGAGCAACUGUUGAACAUCACGGCAUCGAGCGAGCAGUCGACGUCUCUGUCGAGCCCCUGCAAGAUCACGGCGGAUGAUGUGUCUUCGGGAGGGGAUGAGGGCAAGGAGAAGGAGGACUACGAGGUGCUCCGAAUCUUCGACGGGAACAAUUCCCUCCGGACCCAAGUCUUCCGCACGGCAUCCGUCCCAAAAACCGCCUCGGCCCAGCAAAUCCGUGAUGCCGCAUUGCGACGGUUCCACAUACAGGACACCCCCGAGAAUUUCUACGUGACGCAAGUCAUCAAUGACCUAACCGGUGAGGAAGAGACCCUCGAAGACCCAGUACCACUUCGAAAUGUGAAACGGCCAGAGGGGAGGAGAGCCCAAGUUUUUCUACGGUAUCGGGAUGACCCGGAUAAGGCGGUGGUGAAGAUCUAUGGUGGAUGGUUACGGGUCCCGGUGACGUUCUGUACGCUGAACGUGACGAAAGAGACGGUCGUCCAGGACAUCGUUUCUGAAUCGCUGGAACAUUUCGGGCUGGACCGGAAGACGUGGAAUCGAUAUAACCUCAUCGAAGUCUCGCUAGAACGUGGUGUGGCUGAACGAACCUGCAAUCACCACGAAAAUAUGCUGCAGCUUGUCCGGAACUUAAGAAAGGACUCCCUCCGACGAUACCACGUCAUCCGAUUCUACGUCCAAGAGAAGGAGGACCCGCACGAUCAUGCUGUGUUUGUGGGGAAUCUCCCAGUUUCGCUAGCACAACGGCAAUACGAGCGGAUACUCUUGAAGUUGUUGGGGGCGAAGGAAAAGCCCUUCACCGCCAUCGGGCCGAUCUACUUCGAAUACGGGAGCCUUGUCAUCACCUUUAACACGCCAAAAGCCGCCACGGCAGCCGUUCAAAAGCUUCAGGGAGCCGUCUAUGAAGACAAGAAGUUGAUCGUGUUGUGUUUGCCGAAUGUACAGCCAAAAAUGCUGCCCCCAGACUCUGAACCCCUCCUCGUCCUGGUGAACGUGAAAAGCGGUGGCUGCCAAGGAACGGAGCUGAUCAAGAGCUUCCGGAAGUUGCUCAACCCGUUCCAAGUAUUUGAUGUGUUGAAGGGAGGGCCGCUUGUUGGACUCUACGUGUUCCGCAACAUUCCAAAGUACAAGAUCCUGGCGUGCGGCGGGGACGGGACGAUCGGAUGGGUGUUGCAGUGUUUGGAUAUUGCCAAACAGGACGCCGCCUGUUUCUCCCCACCCUGUGGUGUAGUUCCGCUUGGUACUGGCAACGAUCUGGCCCGAGUGCUCCGAUGGGGUGGUGGUUAUACCGGAGAGGAGAAUCCGCUUGACAUCCUAAAAGACGUCAUCGAGGCCGAUGAGGUCCGGCUCGAUCGAUGGGCUGUCGUUUUCCACGAAGAAGAACGAUCACAACCCCCGACAGCCCCGGCAGCCGAGGGAGGAGCAGAGGGAGAGGGAAUGAUGAAUAAUCCAGAGGAUCAGACGAGCAUGAUCAUCAUGAACAACUAUUUUGGGAUUGGGAUUGAUGCGGAUGUGUGUUUGAAGUUUCACAACAAGCGCGACGCCAACCCCGAGAAGUUCCAAUCCCGCCUGUUCAACAAGACGCAAUACGUGAAGAUUGGUCUCCAGAAGGCCCUCUUCGAAAGGACGUGCAAAGAUUUAUGGAAGCGGAUUGAGGUGGAGGUGGAUGGGAAGGUGAUCGAACUGCCGAACAUCGAGGGGAUCAUCGUGUUGAAUCUGUUAUCAUGGGGAAGUGGAGCCAAUCCAUGGGGGACAGCAAAGGAGGACGAGAACUUCUCGAAGCCCACGCAUUAUGAUGGGUUGCUGGAGGUCGUUGGUGUCUCUGAUGUCUCCCGCCUUGGCCUCAUCCAGUCGAAAUUGGCGGCGGGGAUUCGAAUCGCGCAGGAGGCAGUG